AUGAGUGAUGAGCUCGCAGACAUCCAGAGCGGCAUAGGCGACAGCGCCGUCGCCGACCAUGCGACAUACGAGGAAUAUCUGGACAGUCAAAUAAGCAGUACCGACUUAUACUUUCUCGAGGACAAAGAGCUAGCAAGACAACUAGUCGAGCUCGGUUACCGGGGCUCAGGCGAGCCACUGAAACGAGAGGAAUUCGAGGCCAAGAAACGAGCCGCCGAGAACUUCCGUCUGAACAAGCGCUUGGCCACGAAGGUGCUUGCAUCGUAUGCGAAAGACCUGUCCGGAUACCCGUUCUUGCAGGCACUGGCUGAGAGAGAGGAAUCAAAUCGGAGCGGAAAGCUCACGUCCAUAAUCUUCAUCCGCACCUACAACGCCAAAAACCAAGAAAUCAGCGGUUACAUCGACUACGCCCACCGUCUCAAAACCGAAAACUUCGAGCCCUACUUCCUCCGCACACGGGCCUUGAUGCCGCGCACAACAGACAUGAGCUUCUAUAACUGGGAGACGCAGACAUGCACCAGCAACGCAACCCCAAAUUUCCAGGUUAUUGCGGACAAUGAGAGCGGGAUACUGUUCAAAAAUAAGCGAGAUCGGAAGAUAAUUAAUGUCGAUCCGAAGGAACCGAAACCAGGGGAUAAUACAACCAGAACACAUAUUGUGACGGAUGAGCAUAUCCAGGUCGUCAUAUAUGACCAUCUUACCCGGCGGAAGACAUAG